UCAAGGCUAAAUAAAGGAAGAAACACACCGGAGAAGAAGACCGGAAUCGAGGUGAUGGUUUUCACGAUGAGCUUGAACCUCUUCCUUCUCAUGGCUAUGGUGACCACCAACAUCUUCUCCCUUUACCAUCUCUCCUCCAAUCUCCAAUUCCCCAAACCCACUAGCUUAACUCACAGUCCCAUCCCCGACCACCGCCUCCUCCAGCUCCACACCAUACGCGCGACUAUUAACCACCUCACGCGCCACUAUCCUUCUUCCGAUGCUGCCAGCACCAAUGGGGGAAAACCCUCCAGUGCUGCUGUUCCGCGAGAUCUCCUUCUCUAUUCCCGCCUCUCCUCCAUUGCUUCCUCUUGCCAUAACCAUGUUGACCUCCUACACAAGUACAUGAGCUACACUCCUUUCUCAAUCUGCCCCCAUGAUUCUGAUCUUCAGGAGACCCUGAUACUGAAUGGUUGCCACCCACUUCCUCGCCGACGGUGCUUCUCCAAAACCCCUUCUAAACCUCCUCCGUCCCUCCCUCUCCACCCGUUUCCGAUUUUUCUCCCUGAUUCCAGUGUUAUCUGGAGCAAAUACGCCUGUAAAUCUUUUACCUGUCUUUCAGAGAAACAACCCAAUAUUGGAUUUGAUCUCAAGAAACAACGGGAAUCGCUCGUGACUUUCUCUUCUGAACUUGAUCUUCCCAUUCCCCAGUUCAUGCAAAUAGCUAAGUUGGCAAAUUCAGUGAUCAGGAUUGGCAUUGACAUCGGCGGCGGGACUGGAACAUUCGCAGCGGUAAUGAAAGAGCUUUACAAUGUAACGGUGCUGACCACAACAAUGAACAUUAAUGCACCGUACAACGAGGCGGUGGCUUUGAGAGGGUUGGUGCCAUUGCACGUGCCGUUGCAGCAGAGGUUGCCGGUGUUCGAUGGGGUGGUGGAUCUGGUGCGGUGUGGGCGGGCAGUGAACAGGUGGAUUCCAUUGGUGGUGAUGGAAUUCAUGCUCUAUGAUGUGGAUAGGGUGUUGAGAGGAGGUGGCUACUUAUGGCUGGAUAGGUUCUUUAGCAGAAGGGAGGAUCUGGAGAAAGUAUUUGGGCCGAUGAUUGGAAAGUUGGGAUACAAGAAAGUGAAGUGGUCAGUUGCAAAUAAGACAGAUUCCAGUGGAUUGAAGCAUGAGGAGGUUUAUUUGACUGCUCUGCUUCAAAAGCCGGCAUCAAAAUGAGGAGGAAAAUCACUCCUUUUUGAGGUAUUCCUAUCAGGUAUCUGAUUAGAUGUGGGAAACAUAUGACUGUCCAAUGAUGAAGGUCCUGCACUUGUAAAGCCGGAGCCUUAUUCUUGGAUAAUAGCAAUGCAGCAAAUUUAUUCCCACAAUACCAAAUCAGAUUUAGCAGCUUAUAUAUGUUGUAAAGAAUGUAGAUUUCAAAAUAUUCAAUGGGAUAGAGAACGAUGUAAAAUCAUGAUUCAGGAAGGUUUCUGAGAAGUAGCUCAAGGUGGACACAGAUGAUUCUUAUUCUUUUCUAGAAUAACUGUUGUAUUAUUUUGAUCCUUCAAAAUAAACUUGCAAACUAGCAAAUCUAUGAUGAGAAAACUCAUUAAAUUGCGGGUGUUCUU